AUACGCGUCAAUACACUCGGUGCGCAUAGUAUCUCGCGGACGCGCCGGACGUGGAUUUAUGCCGACGAGCAGUCAAAGACGAUACAUUUUUCGACAGUAACAAUAAAUGUACUUUGACAAUCGUUCCUCUUUUUCGUGGAUUUUAUAAGUUUUUCGAAUUUUUAAUAUUUUUGUUUUCGGUGCGGUUACAGUUGUAGAAGUUCUUUUUCCGCUAUAACAUUUUAUAUUUAUCUACAAUUUUAUAUUCAAGUGCGGUGGUGAAGUGCGGUAUACAUACAUAUAUAUAUAUAUUUAAAUAUACAAGUGUGUCUUAACCCAGCAGUGCGACCGUCUUCGGCAGACUUGUAUACUUGGCAAAUAUAUUAUAUUGGCGUGUAUAUUCCAACCGCGAUUGUUUACGAAAAGCCUACGCGAUUACUUUUGAUUGCUGUAACAGUGAACAAAUUCGAACACUUUUUUUUUAAAUUAUUAUAAUCGGUAAACAAAUAUGACCUUGUGAAAAAAGCUAUUGUUUUUAUAAUUUUUCUCGGGGUGAAUGACCGUCGACGAGGACUCGCCCUUUAAUGAUCAACAGGGUAAAAAUCGAAUUCCGUCACAAUAUUUGUCAAUCCGCAGCGUCAGUGGACCAACAGAAUCAGCGCCAAGUACGGUGCAAUAUUAGAGACAACUACACAUUACGUCGCCGACGACUAAAACUGUCCUAGCCGAUACGCAACAGUCGUGGUAUUAUGCGAUUUUCGUACGAGUCGGUGUUUCAUCGGUCGAGAUGAAAUCGUCCGACGACGACAAGCACAGCGUCGGUCCUCGCAAACCACAAAUUCCAACUGAUUCUUGGAAGAGUGCUGGAUGAUAGUACCUGUAGGGGCGGCGAAUCAAUAGAACCACCCCAACUGGAUCCCGAGUGGCUGAGGGCGGAGACCAGCGGCGACCCCGUUAUGCGGCUGUCCAACGGCAGCGAAGGGGCUACCGACUCCAUGGUUGAAAUGUUGCAGUUCAACGAGCACUUCCUGGACGAGGACGGUACCAAAUUCAUGUUGAAUCCCGCCGAGCUGGAAGACCUUCUGGGACGCGAUCAGUAUGCUKCCGACGGUUCACCGAUUGCCGUGUCAGUGCAACAACAGCAACAACACCUUCACGGUGGUCAUCACCACCACGGUCAUCACCAUCAACAACCGAACGUCGUUGAUCAGCCCAACACCAAGCCAACCGCUAAUUUCGCCGACCUCAAGCCGCUGAUGCCGUUCCACACGAUCACGGAGCGCGUGAACAUCAACGGCAUACCUGGCCACCACUACCAAUCUAUCGCGUCCAACAACCGGGUGGCUGAAAACAACAACAACACGGCCACGGCCAACAACAACAUGUACUACCAAAACGAAUACCUGGUAACGUCGUCCACCAACGCGGGACUGACCAAGUUCAAGGAGGAGGACACGUUCGUGGACAACCAGUUCGACGAGUUUGAAAUGCUGAUGGGCAGCCCAUCGUUCGGGCCGGACACGACGGUGACGGCCAGCGGCGACCACCCGGCCGUGGACGGUCCCGAUGAGUGGCUUAGCGUAGGCGAAGACUGGGCAUCAUAUGAACAUCCGAACAGUUCGCCGCAAGACAACAAGGCUGGCAUACUUGCCGACGUCACCAUACACGACCUGGUGGCCAGUUCCCAAUUUCCGGGCAUGACCAACGGAGGUGGCGGUGGAGGCGGCGGCACUGGUAGUUAUCACCAGCAGCCACCGUCUUCAAUGCAGAAACCGCUGUACCAACAGCAGCAGCAGCCCCGCGAGUUGGUAACAUCCAACGUGUCGCCACCAACACCCCGCCCGGCGGCCGCCGCGUUUAUGCCACUGCUCCAGAGCCGACUGCAGAACGGACCGGCCAACAAAGCGCCGCUCCAAGACGCCGGCAGCUAUCACAUGGACUGCGCAUCGUCGCCGUCAUCGUCCACCCCGUCCUACCUGGCGCAUAGCCCGACCAGUCAUGUAGUCAGCACCACAGACCUGGGUGGCUACAUGCCGUCCGCCGCAGCUGCUGCAGCGGCUGCUGCGGCCGCCGCUGCAGCCGCGUCCGUCCACAGUUCGCGGCCGUCACCCGAGUUYGCGCACACCACCACGCCCGGUCAGGGACCUCACAUGACCACGAAAAAGUCACGGAACAGGAGCGGAAAGGCGAAGGGUAGCGGAGGAGGUGGUGGGGGUGGUGGUGGCGGCGGAGGGGUGACUGCCCGGAGCACCGUCGUUUACUGUUCGGACGGCAACGUGGCCAGGGAACGGACCGUCCACAACUGUCAUAUAUGCAACCGCGGGUUCUUGAACAAAAGCAACAUCAAGGUUCACCUGCGCACGCACACAGGCGAGAAACCGUUCCGGUGCGAGGUGUGUCAGAAAGCGUUCCGGCAGAAGGCCCAUCUCAUCAAGCACGCGCAGAUCCACAAACGCAGCGGCCGGGACUGAGCCCGGUCAUCGUGCUUCCACCCCAAGGGCACCCCGCGGGACGUUGGGUUGUAGCAGGUACCAACAUAWACUACUAUAGUACGUUAUGGCGACGCGAUUACUAUGAUAUAAAUAMAAUAGUAAUAACUUGUCCGUWUCACAUUAUUAUAAUCACACUUAAAUGUCGCUUACGACUUUUAUGCCGUUCGGCGCCCGACGCGUCUAAUAAAUGCAUUUUGGCCAAAGAUUCUAAACAAUUCGAAAAAUAUUAUUAUUUUAUUUGGAUUUAUUAUUAUUUUUAUGAUUUUAAUCGCGACCGCAGCAAAGUACGUUCGUUGGUUUUCUGACAUAAGCGUCCGCGAAAAGUCGUUUUAUUUACCGUACUUCUAUAAUAUAAAAAAYGUGUAGGUACGUCAUUUAGGUUUUGAAUCUCAAAGAUGAUGAUAUGUCGUGGUGAGUGAAACUCUGCUUUGAUCUGAUAGUGUUAUCGUUUAUGACGAACAAAACGUGGGCAACGAUUUUAGUUUUUAAAAAAAGUACAAAAUGUAAUUUGUUCAUGAAUUAUUGUAUAUUAUAAUUCGUCUUUAUUAUU